CUAGUCCUAAAUAUACAGCAUCAAUGAAGCAUCUGAUGUUUAACAUUGCGAUGCCGUUAAAUCGGUCAAUAUUUUUUUAUACGACCACCAUCCAGUUCACAGCGGCUCCGCUAUGAGAAGAUUAUUUGUAAAGUAAUAAACUACACGAUAUAUCUAUUUAGAGUGUCAUUCCACACGUAACCAGACAAGGUUCGAUUACCCUUGUUAAUCCUUGUCGACUUUUACGAGGUCUGAGUUUACGAAAGAAUUAAUAAUUUCCGCAGCACAAUUUCCAUCGUUAUGACGUCUGGUAUAAAACAGCAGUCAUCCUGACUAGUGAUGAAGUAUAGAAGUUGAAGGGGAAAAAAGGACUAAAACAGAGAAGAAGAAAGAAAUAACAAGAAAAAACGAGUGCCACGAACUCAGAGACAUUUCAUUGCUCCGCACUCGGAACGUAUGGGACAUGCAAACACGUUCACUGGUUCGAUACUAAUUAUACGAAGUCACAUGCAGAGCGCACGCGUUUCUAUUUUUACGUCGCUUGGCCGAACGCUAAACGCCGACAAAUGCAUCCCUGCAGCAAUUUCCAAUACGCAUCGCUCGAGAAAUUCCAAAGCAAAAAAUCUGGUAGCUCACACGUGCAGCGAAGUCCAAUAUUCGACGUCCCGACGCUCUUAACCAACGACAGGUCUCUUCCAUUUCUUCCAUCUCCUUGUACCGUAUGCGUGCCACGAUUGGAAUCAGUCCAUUUCCAGUAUAUUAUUUUAGAGACAGGCAUACACAUGCGGUGACUAUGGUAUGAACGAGGUUGACAGGUGCCUUGACAAAAAAGGAGGGAGCGGGCGAGCAUAGUACAUAUAAUGUAAGCAUAGAGGGCUGGCAGACCACAUGUGCCACUCUAUCACUUAUCUACCCGUAAUAUGACAUACAACCGGACCAUGGCUUCUACGGGUGAUUGGGCGGUAGGAGAACGCACGUGCGUGUACGCAAAGAAGGAACUGCAACCACGUAGAGACACAUGGGAUUGCUUUUCACUAAAGUGAUUGGGACGAGGAGAACUAGGCACCUGCUGGUUACGAUAAAAGUGCCUGGGCACCGUAUGCUUCAGAUUCACAAACGUCUUCUAGACGUGAAGAAAAAAAGGACGAGGAAAAAGAUAAGGGUUGAAGGGACUACCAAGAUACGAGUGACAUUCCAAGUAGCAGCCACUGUUUGUACACCGUGGAUGACGUGCACGUUGAGGGUGGCUUUCGGAGGGUGAAUGUCGUAUACCUUAUGUAUUGGAGAAAUGUGUCGAGCGGAGCUUAGAAUUUCCAUGGAAAUUGAAGACGGGAAAGGGAUGGGGUUUUGGUACUGUAGAAAAAGGGCAAUAUAAUAAGAAUAGCUCGAGGUAUAGAGAGACUGAAAAAGGAUAGAAAAAGAAAUGGAGAAAUGCUAAGACGACGCACGCUAAGAUCGUGUGUUCUCUCGGAGAAACUGUUGUUAAUAAGUGACGCGUGUGCGGCAGCUGGUUUUACAUUUUUUGUCGGGUCCUCGAUUCUCGGGGCUCGAGCGACGAAAGCCUCAGCGAAUACCCUUCGCCUUCUCGGAUGAUCUCCUUAGCCACCCUGUAGCGAGAUUCGCUUCUGUGGUCUUGUACCUAAAUAUUUUUUAAAUUUUUCAGCAGGAAAAAAACGGUACUCCCUGUUUACCCUUGUACUCGUAUGGACAUCCUUUGCUGGGAAUAAAAGUCAUCACUCAGGAUGGAUCAGCCCUUUUUCCUCGGACUUUCUAGGUGGAGCUACGGGGGUGAUAUCUUAGCGAGCCUUCCUGAGCAAAAACCAUACGAAUUCGAAAGGAGCACCAUGAUGAGGAUGACGGACGGGUGCACAGAUGUGCAACCAGUAUAACGAGCCCUCUGGAUGCACUAUUUUGCUGCACACUACCAGAAUCCAACGACCCCCGUCGUGAGGUUGCUCGCUCUGGUAAGAUACAGUAAGGGACACGAGAGCCACGCGAGUGGGCGGUACAUCCCUCUUUCUCUCUAUCCCUUCUUUUACUCUUCGUAUCUACUCCUCUCCCUCCUCAGUUCCUUUUGCCCCUUAUUCUCCCUCUCUUUUCUUGCACUCUCUCACUGCACCAGCUCCUGCCAUUAUGGUGGGGAUGCAUCUCGAAGAAGUCAUCUUUUAGUGGCUUCAGAGUCUGUGACGAUCAGCUUAUCUCGGGUCAGUUUGGUCAGAUCCGUCGACCACCUUUGAUCCUCUUCAUCGGCGAAGGAGACGAGAAGGAGUGCGCGCUUACGCACGCGAGUGCCACGCGGAUUUGGAUUAUAGGGGGUCUCUUGCACUCCUUGGUGAAGAGACAAGAUGCACUUGGAGGAGUACGCUGAGAGGAACCAGGAUGUUCACCGGACAGUGUCUUCGGUUCAAGACGAUUUCGGUGGGUCCACCAGCUCUGGCAUGGCGACUAUUACGAAUACGCAAUCUUGCUGGAGCUCAUCGCAAAACGAUCCAGGCAAUUUGUCUCCUUUAUUACUCAGUCCGAAUCUUAGAGAGUCUACGAAUUGGGAACAUUUGGCUGCGGCUCUGCAAUACUCCUGUCAACCAUAUCCAUCUGGAGGUACUGAAGUUCGAUCGCCUGAUAGUACAGGUAGUGAGACACCUACACCUACUUGGGGAAGUAUACUGGCUGGGAGCGAGUAUGGAGAAUAUUCAAACGAUGGAUUGUCAGAUGGGAAUUCUAUAAGUCAAAGAUUACCCUCGGUCGGGACAGCAUUCUCAUUCUCCAGGUCAUUCUGUACCGGUGCUUAUCCAGAUUAUCAAGAAUAUUCCGACUAUCAUGAUUUUCAAGAUUAUCGAGAUUAUCGAGAAGAUGUACCGCUGACUUUACCUAUGCCACUGCCUGUACAAGGACAGAUUCCAGAUACACAGAAUUCCAAUUCUAUGCAAAUCGCAGAUGAAUUCGAUCUUAGUCUCAUUAGAGGCGAUCCUACAUCUCUGUUGACUAACGUUGGCUCCCCGUCAUCUCCAUCUUCUACCUACCUGGAUGAACUCCAGGAUCCUUUUGGAAGUUUUAAUGGAUCCUGCUAUUCAGUUGGGCAUCUUGUAUCAUCACAAUCUUCAACAACUACCACAUCAACGUAUCUACCACACCAGAGAAUAUCCCUUAAGCAAAGUCCUGAGGAUAAUGUUCUCACAGAGGGUAGCAAUCAAGUUGUUCUACCAAGGAACGAGGGUUUACUUCUCAGCAGUGAAGAGAGACGUAUUUCAACUUUAAAUUCAACGCGGGAGAAUGUCAGACUUGAAGAAUCGUAUGGGUGCACAACCACCGAAGAUGGAUUCGGAUCCACUUAUCAAUGUCGAUGGGUUGAUUGCGGUUGUGCAUUCGCUGAGCAGGAAGGUCUCGUUCGACACAUUGAAAGGAGACACGUGGAAGCUUCCUCUGCGAAUGCCCACGGUCAUAGUAGAAGAGUACAGAGAGACAGAGACAAGGAUAGGGAAAGGGAAAAAGAAAAGGACUCAAUUUUUUCUAGUGCAAAUGCAACCACGACUACCGGUAGCCAGGAUGAGUUCGCCUGUCUCUGGCAAGGCUGUCCACGAGCACGACCCUUUAACGCCAGAUACAAACUCCUGAUACAUAUGAGAGUUCACAGUGGUGAAAAGCCGAACAAGUGCCCAUUUGCCGGAUGCAAAAAGGCUUUCUCCAGGUUAGAGAAUUUGAAAAUUCAUCAGAGAUCGCACACUGGUGAACGACCCUAUGCUUGUCAACAUCGUGGCUGUUCAAAAGCUUUCAGUAAUAGCAGCGAUCGCGCUAAACAUCAGAGGACUCAUUACGACACGAAACCAUACGCCUGUCAAGUGAGCGGAUGCGGUAAAAGAUAUACCGACCCGUCGAGUUUACGAAAGCAUGUGAAGAAUCACGCAGAACCAUCGUCCUCGAUAUCGUCCACAUCUUCUACAUCGUCUACGACCUCGUCUACAGGGAAUCGCACGACCACAGGAAUUUCUUGUAAAUCAACAAUCAAUCGGACACAUCUGAACGCUCAUACCGUUACGCACAGACAACAUACUCAAGAGGUUUGUCCUCUGUCUACAGCUGUACAUCAUAGACUCUGUAAAAAUUCAGAGUUAGACACAGAGGACGACCUGGAGCUUCUCCAUGGAAAUUCCUGUCAGGUUGAGAAACUCCCUACGUCCUUUGAAGACAGCCAACACGAAUUUGUUCCCUAUGAAUCCGUACGCCGAUUUCUAAUGGGUGACGAGAAUCACACAGUCCUCAAUACGACUGGCUACUGCCACGAGGAUGACGUCUCGGACUUUCAGGAGCUGGGAUCGGACAUUGAGCAGCAAUUUUUGGAGCUGAGUAAUUUGGAUGAUUCGGUGUUCAUCGGAUGAUGAAGUGAAGAUGGAAGAAAUUCAUCAACGUGAUCUCAAUAGGAAUUUAUACGCCUUUUUAAUUAGGCUGUGUACUCACCAAAGCCAAGACUACUUUUUUUAAAUGAAUUUUUAUACAAUUAUAAUAAUCGUAAGUCGUAUAUUUUUUGUACAUAUGCAUCUGUACAUAUCAUAAAGCAUAUAUACUCGAA